ACUCGGUUUUAUAAACCCGGUUGCACGUUCAAUAGCCCUGUCGUUCGUCCUCAGUGUAGGAUAACGAAGUUAUCUCUCUCCUCGGAUUUAGUGUUUUCAAGAUACUCUUAUCAACUUGCAUUUAUAACUGUAACGAUAUACAUUUGUUACUUCAAGAAAUUCCCAAACCAUUAUUCCCGUUUUAGCGAAGGUCAUCCGAGGGUCGUGGACAAUCAACGUCAAGUUUGUAACUGAAUAUGGAUGUGGUAGUGCGCCGUUGUCCGUUCCUCUCCCGCGUUCCCCAGGCCUUCUUCCAGCAGGCCAGGAAAUCUCUGGUUGUGUAUGCCCAGAAAUGCCCAGUCAUGAUGGAUAUGGCCUCCAAGCCACUAGCCCCAUCGGUGGUCCGAUCCAUGUGUUCAUCCACUUCACACCUUACCACCGAGUCUGUCGUGGCUGCAAGUGAAGGCUCCAAGCCGGACAAGAGUUCCUUUCCUGCCGGCCACCCCAUGCCACCCCCUGGCCAGGCUGUAGGCACCAAAUGCCCCUUCCUUGCUGCUGAGAUGGGACAAAAGAACAGCAGUGUGGUCCGUGAAGUCAGCAUGGAGCUUCAGGAAGAUGUGGAGGAAGUCCGCACUUUGCAAAAGGAUGUUUCCCGCGGCCAAUUGCAGCAGCAGUCUCUGACCGGCCCUUCCAAGUCGGACGGUGGCAGCUAUGGCUCUCUGAUGGCCACACUCAUGAAACAACGGCCCAAAGGGGUCUCGCAUCUGCUGCAGGAUAACCUCCCAAGCUUCUCCAGCUUCAAGUACGAUGAGUUCUUUGAGAAGAAGAUUGAGGAGAAGAAGAAUGACCACACCUACCGCGUGUUCAAGACGGUCAACCGGCUGGCCCAGUCGUUCCCCAUGGCCAACGACUACACCGCUUCCCUAGAGGACAAGCGGGACGUGUCCGUGUGGUGCAGCAACGACUACCUGGGCAUGAGUCGACACCCACACGUGACCAAGUCCAUAUUGGAGACGCUGCACAAGCACGGCUCCGGGGCCGGGGGCACUCGGAACAUCUCUGGGACCAGCAAGUUCCAUGUGGAGCUGGAACAGGAGCUGGCCGACCUCCACCAGAAAGACGCCGCGCUGCUCUUCACCUCCUGCUUCGUGGCCAAUGAUUCAACGCUCUUCACCCUGGCCAAGAUGCUACCUGGUUGUGAGAUCUACUCGGACGCAGGGAACCACGCCUCGAUGAUCAUGGGCAUCCGGAACAGCGGGGCGAAGAAGUUCAUCUUCCGCCACAAUGACGUGGAGCACCUGAGGGAGCUGCUGCGGAAGGGAGACCCCAACAAGCCCAAGAUCGUGGCCUUUGAGACCGUGCACUCCAUGGACGGUGCCGUGUGUCCGCUGGAGGAGAUGUGCGACGUUGCGCACGAGUUCGGCGCCCUGAACUUCGUGGACGAGGUCCACGCCGUGGGGCUCUACGGCGCACGUGGAGGCGGCAUUGGCGACCGCGACGGUGUCAUGCACAAGAUGGACAUCAUCUCCGGCACUCUGGGCAAAGCGUUCGGCUGUGUCGGCGGCUACAUCGCCAGCACCGAGGCCCUGGUGGACGCCGUGCGCUCCUUCGCCGCCGGCUUCAUCUUCACCACCUCCCUGCCCCCCAUGCUGCUGGCCGGCGCCCGCCAGUCCAUCCAGACGCUGAAGGGAGCGGAGGGCGUGGUGCUGCGGCGCAAGCACCAGCGCAACGUCAAGCUGCUGAGGCAGAUGUUGAUGGACUCGGGUCUGCCCGUGGUGCACUGCCCCAGCCACAUCAUCCCCGUGCGGGUGGCUGACGCGGAGAAGAACACGGCGAUGUGUGACAUCAUGAUGAGUCGCUACAACAUCUACGUGCAGGCCAUCAACUACCCCACGGUUGCCCGCGGCGAAGAGCUCCUGCGCAUCGCCCCCACCCCGCACCACACCCCCCAGAUGAUGAACUACUUUGUCGAGAAGCUGGUGCAGACCUGGAAGGAGGCGGGCCUCGAGCUGAAGCCCCACUCCACAGCGGAGUGCAACUUCUGCCAGCAGCCCCUGCACUUUGAGGUGAUGAGUGAGAGGGAGAAGUCGUACUUCAGCGGGCUCAGCCACCCCAUCUCCGCCUGCGCCUGACCGGGCGCUGCCCGAUGACGGCUCCACUCAUUCCUUGUCAGUCAUCUAAAUAUAUAAUCGUCUCCCUGAGUUGUAUUUCAGAUGAAGAAUUUAAAGAUGUUCUAUGGUAUAUUAUCUAUAUGCUCUAUAUUAUAAAAUAAAGAUUACAUGAUCUGC